AUGGCCGACCAAAAGCAGCCCCAAACUUCAUCCCAACGACUCGUAGCAACAUCCCUAGUCGACGCUUUCAACAGAAUGGACAUUGACGAAAUCAUGUCCGUCCGAGCAGAAGGAUGCAUGCGCCACAUCCUCCCAGCGUCUCUCAACCAAACCCCUCAAAACAACUCCCAAUAUCGAAGCACGCUGGAAAAACUCAACCCUAUAUUCUCAAAUUUCAACCUCACCAUCCACGAUAUCCUGGAAGAUCGAGAAGCUCGCAGGAUAAGUAUGUAUGUGAAAGCACGAGCCAAUACACUGGCGGGCGAGUAUCUGAAUGAAUAUCAAUGGACGAUGACUUUCGAUGAGAAGGGAGAGAAGAUUGUCAAUUGGGUGGAGUUUGUGGAUGGUAGUGUUUAUUGGGGAUUUUGGCCAAAAUUACAGGAAGCGAUGAGGAUUCAGAGGGAGAAUAAGGUUUCUUGA